AUGAACUCAGCACUGGGGCCAGGAGGAAAGAAAGAUUCAGAAUCAUCUUUUAACUCUGAGAAAAUCUGUAAGAAUGCUGCACAGAAGUCUGUUGAUAAUUUAUUUGGAACUUUGGAUCAAAGAGGAAAACAAACAUUAAAUGCACAAGAUGAUAUUGGAGCAAACUGUGACACUAAGAGAGCUGAAAACAGAACCUUACUUGAGGACAGUAGUUCUGAUGGUGAAAAUGAUGAUGAAAUUGAAACUUUUCUCAAACCACCAGUCCAGGAAAUUUCUCCUCCUGACAUCAGGUCACCUGACCUCUUCACUCUUCCAAGUCAUCCCAGGUCUAUAGCAAUCUGUUAUGUGCCAAAUACAAAUUGUGAGAAUGCUGCACAGAAUUAUGUCGGUGAUUUAUCUGGAGCUACUGAUCAAAGUGAAAAACAUAGAUUAAAUGGACAAGAAGAUGCCAUUCUAAAGCAUUGCUUUUUAACUAACUACACAGAUUUGUCAACUGAUCAAGAUUCCUCUAAGGCAGAGAGAGAUCAAGAAAGUCUUGAUGCAAGUGAAAUUAACCACCCACAGAGAAACAGAAAAAUACAGAAAAAGAGGAGAAGGCAACACAGGACCAGAGCAUCCUCCAGUGCUGUGGUGCUCCCAUGUGGUGCCAAGACUCAAGCUUGGGCUGUAGACAUGGUUGAAGCAAAAAAGAAACAAAAAAGGAAAAGUAAUGAAGUGGAAGUAUCCAAAAGCUUAUAUGAUGCAUCCGGUGACAAUCAUGGGGUCAUUCAGCAGAGGAGGAGUGGAAAACCUGGUGGCCAUCUGUUUCCUUUUCUGGAGACCAAAGAUUCUAAUAGGUCUGUAAAGAAAACAUCUAAAGAAAACAAGGCCAAAAGACAAAUUAAGCCUGCAGAUGUUCUUGAUUUUUUAACUCAGUCAUCUGAAACAGCUUCUGAGGAUUCGGAGUUGCCAUACUCUAAUUAUCGGAAUGCUAUUUUUCUCACUGAACAACUUGGCCUGGGAGGUAAAGAUUCUGUUAAUGUUUCGAAAAAAGGUGAAACUCUUCUUUUCUAUAAAAGAUUGCUAGAACUUAAUAGAUAUCACUAUGAACUACUUGCUCAAAAAAAUGAAAGAAGGAAAGCUAAAGUCAGUGGACUACUAAAACUACUGUCAGAAUCCAAAGAAAUACAGUCACAAUUGAAGCAUCAAAAGGAGGAAUGGGAACAAGAACUAUACACUGUGAGAUCUACCCUGAAGAAAGAAGAAGAGAAAAGAAGAACUACUGAUCUGUUAUGUGAAGAGCUUAGGCAGCAGCUAAGAAAAACAAUAGGGCAAAAUAGUAAAGAAGUGGAAGUAAGACAACAACUUGAGUUGACUCUUCAAUCACUGAACAGGGAAUUAAGUGCUCUGAGAAAUGAGUUGAAUCAGGUUACAGAAGAACGAGAUGAUUCUCAGAGACAACUUGCUGUAGAGCAGAAUGCCAGGGCAUUGCAAGAAAGAAUUGCAAAGGAUCAUUAUUCCAGACAAAAAGAUCUGGAAGAGUCUUAUAAGAAAGUGAAAUCUAUGGUUUCUGAAGGUGGUAAAAAGGAAAAAGAUCUGCUGCAUAAAAACCACAUGUUGCAGGACAGAGUUUCCAUCCUAAAACAGGAACUCAGAAAGCUAAGUCAUCAGGGUCAGGAGAAGGAAAGAAAGUAUUUUGAAGAUAUUAAAGUUCUACAAGAAAAAAAUCAUGCUCUGCAAGAUACAAUAGAACAGAAUGAGGAAGCCUCAACAGAAAAGAUAAUCCAAUAUACUAGACAACUUGAUGCUCUCAAAGCAGAAAAUAUUACACUAAACACCACACUGGAGGAUGAAAAGCAAAACAAAGCAAGAUUGGAAACAGAAGUUGAAUCCUAUUGCUCUAGACUAGCUGCUGUUCUGUGUAACCAGGAUCCAAGUCAGACUUCAAGAAAUGAUCUAGAAGUGACUUUUCAGAGAGCAAAGGAUGAAUGGCUUAAUCUCCAGGAUCAUCUGACUUUCCAAGUGUCAAGCUUAAAAGCUAGCAAUAAAAUUCUCUCUCAACAACUUUUUAAGGCAGAAAGUAAAUCCAAUAGCCUAGAAACUGAACUCCAACACACAGGAGAUGCUCUGAGACAGAAGACUUCGACUGUGGAAUGUUUACAAAAGGAACUGUGCAGAAUCCACUGUCAGAAGAAGGAACUUGAACGGGAGUAUGACAAUCAACAAAAUCUUUUGAAUGAACAUAUUAGAAAGCAGGAGUCUUUAGAGGGGCAGCUGUCUGAGAUACAAAAUGAAAACGUUUUGCUUCAAUGCCAGCUGGAUGCUGCUCACAGCAAAGCUAGCAAGAAAGAAAAGACAGUGAUGAGUAUCCAUGAUGGGUUCUGGGAUGUCAAAAGAAGAAAUCAAGCUGAACCAGAAGACCAAUGUCUGACCCAAGAAGAAAGAAAUAAGGAGUUAAUUAAUGAAUGCAAUUGUUCAAAACAAACAGUGUGUCCUUGUGAAAAUGAGAAGGCACAAAGAGAGGAACUGGUGAGAAAACUUGAACAAGAAUUGGCUGGUAGUCGAAAGAAGCAAUCCACGGCAGAGGUUGUAUCAUAUUAUCUUAUUAAACUGGAAGAUGAGAGAAGAGAUUUCAAGAAAAAAGUCGAUGAUCUUACCUCAGAAUUACAAAUUGCAUCUUCAAAAUGUCUCCACCUGGAUGCCCAUAAUCAAGUUCUUCAACAGGAGAUAUCAUAUAUGACAGCAACCAGAAAGAAGUGUGGCAAGCUAAAGAAGCAUAACAGUGAAUUGGAACAAGAAAUAGUAAACCUCAAAUCUCACAUAGGAAAAAUGAUGGAAAAAUACGGUCAAGUAGAACAGUCUAAACGAGAGCUUGAAGAAAGAUCCAGGCACAAUCUAGCAGAAAUAUUAAGGGCAGUUGAAUUGUUUUUACAGAAACGUGCAUCUUCUCCCCGGUAUGUGGAGCAACGGAAAGAGAAUGGUACUGCUUCAAUGAGUAACCAAGUGGACCUCAGAGUUAAAAAUCUGGAGUCUGAAUUCUCCAAAAUGAAAAUUUCUCAUGAAGUCUCUAAAGAAGCAGAAAUAGAAAAAUGUAAGGUCCAAAUUGAAUAUCUGAUAUCUGAACUCAGCACAGUGAAAAUGUCUCAGGAGAUGUCUAAGAAAGCACAAUUGGGAAAAUAUGAACCACUCUUCAUAGAAGAAGUAAAAGUUAAGAACUCAUUGGAAAAUAAACCAAAAUGGACACAUGAGCAUCCAGCAGUGAAAUUUGGUGCCAAAUUUGUGGAGAAAGAUCUGAACAAACCCUUGUUAUUUACUCUUCCUACAAGGCCAGGCCUGAAUCCACUUUUGGUUGGGAGCCCUAAUUAUACUAGUCUUACAUUCAACAGAAACUGUUUUUCAAGAGAGACCUUUGCAGGUUCUACUUCAAGCCUACGGCCUUCAUUUAACUCUAAGGAGAACUGUUACCUCACCAAAAUGGAAGAGGCUUUGGAUGUGAGUACUGCUGGAGAAGUAGCAGAAGGUAGCAUGAAAUUUGAGUCUGGUCCCAAGGAUUUUCUCAUAUAAGAGCCAAAUCUGAGUCAAAUCAUUGUGAAGAUGGACAGUUCAGUGGCCAGGGUGGAGGCUGUGUGGACAGAGCUCAUCUUUUACGAGUGUGAGGCGCCAUGUUCAAUUCCCAGCUCUACACGUGGCAACGUGCUACUUUGCUCCCUCUCUCACUCACAAAAUAAGAAAAUAGACCUACUUCAAAUUUACUUUUGAAACUGUUACAAACUGUGAUCUACGAACAAAUAUGAUCUGAAUGCGAACCAGUAAGAACUUAUUUACUGAAUUGUUUGCAUAACAUAUUUGCCAUUUAACCAGUGACGUGUGGAAGUGGUUUAUUAAAUAAAAGCAGAUAUUUUUGAAUCCUA